CAAGAAGCCCUGGUGGACCACGCCUGAAGACUCUUACCUUUCAUUGGUAUGUUACAUGGCAGAGGACAAGGAGGAGCACAUCCUCGGCUUCCUUGACACAGACUUUCACUGCAUGGAGGUGCACAAACACACCCUCAUUCAGCUGGAGGGGUGUUCACAGCAAUGGGCCAGAUGCAACUCUGUCACCAUAGUGGGACCACCUCAGGCAAGGCAGUGGCUGUUUCACAUCAUUUGGAACCCAGAGUAG